AUGGAAGCGUCUCCAAGAAAACCAUCGGAGAGAAGCAGGAGCCGCGAGAAGCUGGUGGGGAGGGUAAUAUGGCCGGCAAUCCGAGGGCAAAAUUGUCCAAUAUGCUUGGGAGCCCUGGAAUCUCGCAGCGCAGCGGUGCUCACGUCGUGUAACCACGCCUACUGCGUCCGAUGCAUUCGAAAAUGGAGCGGGUUGAGACGAAAGUGCCCUCUCUGCAACGCCGACUUCGAUUCUUGGUUCUCCCAUAUCAGCCUAUCUUCUCGAAGCUUCCACAGAGAGAUUUUGCCACCUCUGGAUAGCAGUUCUAGUUCUAGAAGCUUCAGACUUCAACAAGAAGAGCAUCCUUCAAGGCAUGUGAGAAAUAGUGAACGGAGGCGAUCAAGGCCUUUGCCAUGGCGGCGAUCGUUUGGACGGCCAGGAUCAGUCACUCCUGAUGUGAUUGCCGAAAGGAAGCUUCAAUGGCGUGUCAGUGUAUAUGAAAGACGCUUGCAAGCUGUUCCUUCAGCUCCAAGAAGUCGUCUUCAAGUGAGUGUACCAAUAAAUGACGGUGUUAAAGAGAGAAUUUUGCAAAGAAUAGAACCAUGGAUUCGUAGGGAGCUGCAGGCUCUUCUCAGAGACCGAGAUCCAUCUAUUAUUGUUCAUGUGGCCACCUCACUCUUCAUUGCAAGCCUUGAAAACGAGGGUCGUGUCCCUUCAGGACAGUGUGAUGUUCGAGAUGACUUCCUUGCACGGUUGCGUCCUUUUCUCCUUGAUCGAACUGAUAUGUUUUGGCACGAGCUAAGAUGUUUUGCCGAGAGUUCAUUUAACAUGGAAACCUAUGAUGCAGUGGUUGAGUAUAAAAGGCUCCGUCGAAUGUAG